ACCAAAUUGUUGUUCAAACUCUAAAGAACUAUCAAUAAAUUCCUAUUAAAUUCUACUUUCUCAUUGGUCAAUUCAUAUUAAACUCACAAAACCAUAUUCCUUUUAUCAUCAUCAUACCAUCUAGAGAUCUCACGCCCCACUAUAUCCUCCUUAUAUCUCUAUCUCCAACACAAUUUCACAAAUUCUUGAAUCAAGAUUUUCAUAAAAAGCUUCAAUUUUUAAUAAAAAUUUUGCAAAUUCCAAAUUGACCUACUUUAAAUGGGAGUGUGUAGCUCCAAACCCACUUCAAAAAACAAACUUUCCGGUCACCGGAGGUCAAAUAUUCCGGCCAAAAAUAGUAAUGAAACAGACCCAGAUGAAAAUAUUGUUAAAAAAGAUGAAACAGUAAAAAAAUCACCUUUUUUUACUUUUUACAGUCCAAGUCCAGCACACAAUCUUUUUUCAAAGAAAUCAUCACCUGGGGGGUCAAAUUCAGCAACACCCAGAAGGUUUUUUAAACGCCCACCAUCGCCUGCAAAGCACAUUAAGGCUUUGGCAAGGCGGAAUGGGGCGGUUAAGCCGAAUGCGGGUUCUGCGAUACAGGAGGGGGAAAGAAAUAAUACCAAUAUGGGUUUGGAUAAAAGUUUUGGUUUUUUGAAGAAUUUUGGGAGUAAAUAUGAAAUUGGUGAAGAAGUGGGAAGAGGGCAUUUUGGGCAUACUUGUAAAGCUAAGUUUAAAAAAGGGGAAUUUAAAGGUCAACAUGUUGCUGUUAAAGUUAUUCCAAAGUCAAAGAUGACAACAACAAUCGCAAUUGAGGAUGUAAGAAGGGAGGUAAAGAUAUUAAAAGGUUUGUCAGGACAUGAAAACUUGGUGAAGUUUUACGAUUCAUAUGAAGACCAUGAUAACGUCUAUGUUGUAAUGGAGCUAUGUGAAGGAGGGGAGCUCUUGGACAGAAUACUUUCAAGGGGCGGGAAAUACUCAGAAGACGAUGCUAAGUUUGUCUUGAUACAAAUAUUAAAUGUUGUUGCAUUUUGUCAUCUUCAAGGUGUGGUGCAUCGCGACUUGAAACCAGAGAAUUUCUUAUUUAAAUCCAAAGACGAAAACUCACAACUAAAAGCCAUAGAUUUUGGCUUGUCGGAUUUCGUAAAGCCAGACGAAAGGCUUAAUGACAUAGUUGGAAGUGCAUACUAUGUGGCGCCUGAAGUUCUCCAUCGAUCAUAUAGCACAGAGGCGGAUGUGUGGAGUAUUGGUGUAAUAGCUUAUAUUCUUUUAUGUGGUAGUCGGCCCUUUUGGGCACGGACCGAAUCUGGGAUUUUUCGAGCAGUUCUGAAAGCUCAUCCAAGUUUUGAAGAAGUACCUUGGCCGACACUAUCUCCCGAGGCCAAAGAUUUUGUUAAACGCUUAUUGAACAAGGACCCCAGGAAAAGAAUGACAGCUGCUCAAGCUUUGAGUCAUCCAUGGAUUAGAAGUACUAAUGACGUGAAACUACCGCUUGAUGUCUCGAUAUUGAGACACAUGAAGGGUUAUAUGCGUUCAUCUGCUCUUCGUAAAGCUGCUAUACGGGCUUUAGUGAAGACGUUGACUGCAGAUGAAUUAGUUUAUUUGAAGGAGCAGUUUUCUUUGUUAGAACCGAGCAAAAAUGGAUCCAUAAGCAUAGAUAAUAUCAAAGUGGCCUUGAUGAAGCAUGCCACGGAUGCAAUGAAGGAGUCGCGUGUCCAAGAUUUUUUAACAUCGCUUAAUGCACUUCAAUACAGAAGAAUGGAGUUUGAUGAGUUUUGUGCAGCUGCCAUAAGUGUUCAUCAGCUCGAGGCUCUUGAUAGAUGGGAACAACAUGCACGUUGUGCAUAUGAAAUAUUUGACAAAGACGGAAAUAGGGCUAUCAUGAUCGAAGAACUGGCUUCUGAACUUGGCCUUGGCCCGUCGAUUCCUGUUCAUUCUGUAUUGCAUGACUGGAUAAGGCACACUGAUGGAAAGCUCAGUUUUCUUGGGUUUGUCAAGUUGUUGCAUGGUGUGUCUAGUCGAACCCUCGCCAAAGCUCGUUAACACACUAGCUACAAUGAUUUUUCGUAUGAUUGGGUUGUUAAAACCGUAUAGGCUGUGUAACAAGAAGCAUGUUGUAGGUAAAGAUCCAGGAAAAUUUCCUGCUGUAAAUCUGUGAAAGUUAGUUUUGGUUUGGAUUUUCAGGCGAGAGUACUAGUAUAGAUUUUCUUUGAGAUUGCGCUUGAAACUGGCUAGAGUACCAUAUAUCAUGUAUGCAACUGGCAUUGUAUCUUCUAAAUAUUCAUCUUCUAGUUAAUACAAAUAUUCUAAUCCAUUGAUUUCUAAA